UGUGCUUGAAGCUGUUGUCCUGGUGAGCUGCCUGUCACACAGCUGUUGACUCUCAGAAACUUGUCUUCUGAUUCUGCUGUGGCUUUGGGUCUCCCAGGCCUUUUCCUGUCAGUUUCUGAGUUCCGUUUGAUGGUGAUGAAAACUGUACUCACUGACACCUUGACUUUCUUCACAAUUUCUCUCUCGGAAAGGCCUACAUUUUUAAGUGUUAUGAUGGUCUGUCUCCUCUUGUUAAUUGCCUUUCCUUGCCAUUUUUAUUGCAACACACUACUUUCUGCAGUACAAUACUAUUCAAAUAAUGCUCUGGAGGGUAUGGUGCCAUGGUGUGUUCCAACAUUAUUUUUAUGCAGACAGAGGGGGCUGUAAGUAAUCAAGAAAAGUUGGGACACCUGUAGGAUUUGGUAGCACCAGCUUUCAAGGCUUGAUCAACCGCCAUUGCUGCAAACAGCUUUAAGUUGUAAACCCAUUUCUUGUUCCCUGAAAAUUCCUUGUAUAAUUUUGAAAUGUACAUCAUUUUUCAGUUUUGGGUAAACUUACCUUUUUUUUUUUAACCUCUAGCAGUUCACCACUUAUCUUUGUACCAUUUCAAGCUAUUCAUUGGACUCGAACUACUUGAAUUUCAAUAAAAAACUGGAAAAAUUGAGAUGUUCUAAAACUCUUGACCGGUAGUGUAUUGAUGAGAAUAUGUUAAAAAAAAAUAUAAUUUCCGAAUUUUGCAAUUCUAAACUUGUCAUAUAUGUUUCCUGUGAGACACAUAUAUCUGCCUUCCUUUCUUUCAUCUGGUGCUUGAUUAUUUUACUUCUAGUUGCCUAUGUCUGGAAACAUCUAAACUUUAAUGACCGUAUGCAUAUAUGUUAAAUGUAUGUUAUUCUGAAUGAUAAAGAAAAGCAUACAUUUGAAAAAGAACUGACCAUAUGUAAAAGUUUGUAUGGUCAAGUGCACAAUUCUGUUUGUUUGUUAGAGGUAUGUAUAGGCAUGAUAGAAGACAAGAAAACAGAAAACAAGUAAGACAUCAGUAUCAGAGGUAAUUGUAGUGUUUCAUAUGGGAUAAUGUCCAGUAUAUAUAUUUAAAUCUGUGUUUGAAGGGAGUGGGGAGAGUGGGGGUGCUGCAUGAUGACCCCCCUGCAUGACUUCGCGCAAUAGUAUAACUCCAUUCUCUCUCUUUCUCUCGCUCCUUCAACUCCGUUAGUCUGAUAGCAAUUUAUCAUGUUGCUUCAUGUCUUAAUGCUCACCAUGGUCAUAUUUCUGUAAAAGUCAAACUGACAUUGACACUAGGUUGAACCAUCACAGGCACGCACAAGCAACGGUACUUUGAGUUGUGUGAAGUGAUUUAGGUAAGGAUUUUUCCACAUUUCAGCAUCAAUAUUUGCUUGAAAAAAAAAUCUGAGACAUUUAAUAUACAGUUUGUGUGCCAAAAUCACAAGCUCCCUUUUUUCAAAAAUACUUUUUGACUUAUUUCACACUGUUUUGUUUACUACAUUAUUCCAUAUGUGUUCAUUCAUAGUUGUGAUGCCUUCAGUGAGAAUCUACAAUGUAAAUAGUCGGGAAAAUCAAGAAAAACCAUUAAAUGCGAAGGUUCCCAAUGUUGAACAUGUCCACCCCCAGUGAGCUGAAGUCUCCUUGUGUGACCCGUAAUGGUAUGGUGAAAUUACCCCCCAGCCAACCGAAUGGUUUAGGCAGUGCAAGUAUCACCAAAGGGACCCCUGCUGCCAAGAACCGUCUGUGUCAGUCCUCCUCGGUACCAUCCAUUCUGCCUCCUCCACCAUCCUCCCUUCCAUACCACCACCACCAUCACUUGGACGUCCCUGGCAUGCCUCAUGCUGCAGCCCCUCUGUUGGCCUCUGACCUAGAGCCUGGAAAGCCUCUGGUGGGCUUGAAGCCAUCUCUUCGUCAGCCUCCUCCUCUCACCCCACCUAAACCCAUGGUGCUGGAGCGUCAGCUUGUCCUAGAUGAGAAGCUGCUCAACCGACUGCUCUGGUACUUCACUACAGCUGAAAAAUGUUUGCUGGCGCAGGUAUGCAAGACAUGGCGCAAGGUGCUGUACCAGCCCAAGUUCUGGGAGGGUGUGACGCCCAUCUUGCAUGCUAAGGAGCUAUACACCCUGCUGCCCAAUGGGGAGAAGGAGUUUGUCAGCCUGCAGGCCUUCGCCCUGCGUGGCUUCCAGUCUUUUUGCUUAGUGGGUGUGUCAGACCUCGACAUUUGUGAAUUCAUUGACAACUACCCGCUGUCAAAGAAGGGUGUUCGCUCAGUCAGCCUCAAGAGGUCCACCAUCACAGAUGCUGGUUUGGAGGUCAUGUUGGAGCAAAUGCAAGGCCUGAUGCACCUUGAGCUGUCAGGCUGCAACGACUUCACAGAGGCUGGCCUAUGGUCCAGCCUCAAUGCCCGGCUAACUUCCCUCAGCGUCAGUGACUGCAUCAAUGUGGCAGAUGAUGCCAUUGCUGCUAUCUCACAGCUCUUACCCAACCUAUCAGAGUUAAGCCUGCAGGCCUACCAUGUCACUGAUACGGCCAUGGCUUACUUUACAGCCAAACAGGGUUACACCACCCACACUCUGCGGCUUCACUCCUGCUGGGAGAUCACCAAUCAUGGUGUGGUAAACAUGGUUCACAGCCUUCCUAACUUGACUGCCCUCAGCCUCUCUGGCUGCUCCAAGAUCACUGAUGAUGGUGUGGAGCUGGUUGCUGAGAACCUGCGUAAGCUCCGCAGCCUGGACUUGUCCUGGUGCCCUCGGAUCACUGACAUGGCCCUGGAGUACAUUGCCUGUGAUCUGCAUAAACUGGAAGAACUGGUGCUGGACAGGUGUGUGCGGAUCACAGACACCGGCUUAGGCUACUUGUCCACCAUGUCAUCAUUAAGAAGCCUCUACCUGCGCUGGUGCUGUCAGGUGCAAGAUUUUGGACUGCAGCAUUUGUUUGGAAUGAGAAGUCUUCGUCUGUUGUCUCUUGCUGGAUGCCCCCUGCUGACCACCACUGGUCUAUCAGGCCUCAUCCAGCUGCAUGAACUGGAGGAGCUAGAGCUGACCAACUGCCCUGGUGCCACUGCUGAGCUCUUCAAAUACUACUCUCAGCACCUGCCCCACUGUAUGGUCAUCGAGUAAGACCACUGACUGAGCCCACGACUAACAGAUCACCAUACCUUCCUCCUCUUUUUCCUCCCUCAAUCUUUUCUUAAAUGCCUAAACCCAGGAUACUGGACUGCUCCUACUGUACCACUUUGUUCCUCUUUCCUGACCCCAAACCCUGCCUGUCUUCCUCCACACCCCAUUAAGCAGACUGACCAACAGGCAGACAGAGAGGCAGGAAGGUAGAUAAUGGAAUGUGCCAGACCCAGUGGAUAAUGGCUUGCCGUUUGAGCUUCAUUUAAGAAGAUGCUGGAGUGAAGAGCUUGGUGUGACGUCUUGUCUGACAGCAAGUUUCUUUUCCACAAUCAACAAAAGGUUUUUACAGAGGAGAGCUUCUAUAGACUUUGACGAUUUUUUUAAAAAACUGAAUGGUUACUGAAGGGAGUGAAAUAUGCUGAUCCAGAUGCAGCAUUGAGGAAAUCCAUAAAAUGGAGACUGUGGUGUUUUAGCAGCUGGAACUCACAUAUUCACGCAUACACUGUAAACACACACAAACAUAUUGUAUAUGGUAAGUGAAGCAAAUGUAAAUCCUCAAGAUCACGAAUAUGUAAUUUUAGAUUGACUUCCAUAACUGUAUGUAAUAUAGUCACUAUUUCAUUCUUUCUCCCAGAAGGCAUCAAAGGUUCAGUUUUGUCUUGUUUAGAGAACUACACAAUAUGCCAGCUUGGGAAACAGGAAAUAGACGGAACUAAAGAUGCAGUUCAAGAAGUGAAUUGCAGAGAUGGAAAAGCUCACUCUCUCAUUCUCUUUUCUUUAGUGCGUGAAAUGUGUUUCAUGGACUCAGAACUUCCCAUCUUUUUGGGGCACCACCGCCUUUUCUCAUUUCCGUGUCUUAUCAGAAAUUAAAAAAGAAGAAGAAAAAGAAGAAAAAGAAAAUUUAAAUUUGAAAAGCAACUGCAUAAACAGGCGUUUUGUUGCACGCUUGAAUGACUGGAUUGAUUAUUGUUUUAUUGUGGUCUUUUCUUCAGUUAUUGUACACAUAUUUAAUUUACAGAUCUGGUGGAGAAACUUUUGUAAAUGGUGUGUUGUUGAGACAGUUCAACGUGAUUAAGCAGUGGAUCAAUUGAAAAGUAUAUUUUGCAGAAAGCAUUUUACCUUAGUCCUAAAGUAGUGUCUGCUAAGGAUAAAAUGUUUUUCUUCAAAUGAUGAAUAGAACAGAGCCAUGAAUUACAAACAAAUCAACUGUGGGGCUUCAACUGACAGUGAUAACUUGAUACUUCUGAACUUCAACUAAUAAACAACUUAAGUUAGCUAAGGGACCAGGGAAGAGAUCUGUCUGUUGGUAAGAAUGCCAUCUUCAAAUUGAAGCCACAUCUGCUUUUGGAACUCAAAAUUUCUUUUCAUCUUUUCAAUGAUGAUAGAAAUAUAUGAUAUUUAGUAUUUGAAUUUUGAUUUAGGCAACUCUGACACAGCUAAUGUAAAAUUUGACACAAUUUGCUAUUGCCAAGUUAUCUCAAAGGCAAUGAAGUGGGCAAUUUCAGUAUUUAUUAAAAAAGCAACUCUUACAGUGUCCACUACAGGCGAAGGUCAGAAAUAAGCAGGAGCUCAGGGCUCUUGUAUAAUGGCAAUUUUUAAAUGACAAUUUAGUUUGUGGGAAUUUUAUAACUUUUCCUACUAAUCCACAGUCAGAGAAAUUCAUGAUAGAUCUGAGAUUGUAGUCACUUAAUUGAAGUCAAGAGGAUUACACAAUAGAUUUUAUUUGCUGUAUAAUGUUUCCUUUAUCACUGCAAACCAAGAAUUAGUCUAUAUGUCACUGAACACAACAAAUUGCCUCUUUUAUUGCAAGCUUGACCAGCGAUUUUAUUAGUACUAAUAACAAUUGUAAUCAUGAAGUCACUAGUUGAAAUUAGUAGAUGGUCACAGAAUGCAUCAAGGCCAUUACAAGAAAAUAUGACUAUUAGCAGACAAACAUCAGACAAGUGUUGUGAACAAACAUGUUGUGCAGAUGUGUUUUGAAGAAAAAGUUGAAUGUGGAUAUUAUGAUGAAUAGCCAAACCCACGUUAUAAUAAACCAUAUUUAGAACUGAGAUUAUCGUACACAUCUGUAAACUUGGUUGAUCUAGGCAAAGCAGUACAUUCAACAUUGUUUUAUUUUGCCAAAUUUAUACACAAUACAAAGUAUCUGAAAAUGUCUGACUCUAGGUAAGUUGGAAACAUAGUAAGGUUUCCCAUAAACCAAAAAACUUUCAAGUCAGCAGUCAUGUUUUUCCACCAACUAUCGUAAAAUUAAAAGAAAAUGGAUGCAGCCAACAGUGAACAACUGUCCUGCUUUUUGCCUUGUGUGUCCCCUUAUGCACUGACCCCCAACUGAAGGGACUGGGUAAGUGUCAGCCAAUAUCAGGUUGUGCCAAAUGCAUCUGGCUGCACAUAAAGUGUGGCUGGUUGCUUCUAGCUGAUUGCUGACUACAAGGAAACAGAGUACUACAUAGAAAAGGCAGACCAUACAUGAUUUUAGCUGAUCUGCAGUUUCAGAAUAGUUCAUUUCUGAUGUUGUUUAGUAUCUCUUAAGUGUACAUAAGUAUAUUUAUUUCUUCAUGUAUUUAUUUAUUUAUUUAAAUUAAUUUGUGUCUUAUUUACUUAUUCAUUUAUUUAUUGACGAGACAUUUUCCAACCAUUUUUGGUUUUGUUUUGGACCUUGCCUCAGGUUUGGGCUUAAGUAAGUGUAUUCAUUGAUUGUUGUUGUUGUUGUUGUUAUUAUUAUUAUUAUUAUUAUUAUUAUUAUUAUUAUUAUUAUUAUUGUUAUUAUUGUCAUGCUAUGACAUUCAGGCCCCUAGGUAAAAUACUCUGCUGAGUACACAUUGAACAUACACUUGUAAACACCAGUGAACUGUAACAUCAUUAACAAUGACUAAAAGUUUCAAAUUUUCAUAAUACACAACAGUAUAUUUUCCUCUGUGCAAGUCUGUGUUAACUUUGUAUUGCUGUUUGGUCCCUUCUAUAAGAAUAAGGCUACAAACAGUGGUGACAUAAUUAUUGUCAUUGUCCUGAAUGUGACAGCAAAAUACAGAUUAUGAUAUGCAUAAAGGCAUUUGAAGUCUGAGAUCAGCCUCUCUCAUGGCCAAGCAAUGUUUACACUGUCUAAUAGUAUGAACAAGGAUCUCUGAAGCUUGAAGAGUCUAUGGAAACAUAUUAUGAACAAAGCUAUUGACCCUAAAACAACUGUCAGUAAGUUUUGAACACAAUUUGAAAAGCUGGCUUUGUGGUCACUACCAUUGUUUUUGAUAAGUUCAAGACUGGUGUUCUGAUUUUGUUUUUAGCCUACCUAUGUACUUAAGUGGAAUCUGAUAUUUAUGCAACACCUUAAUCAUUAAUGGUGGCCAAAACCUGUAAAUAGCACUUACAAGUGUUCACUGCUGUGGUCUCUACUUGAAGAUCACUUGUGCCACACUCAUUGCCAAGAGUUUUUUGCUUUAAGUUUAUGUCCACUUUAUGAUAAUUAUCAUUAAAUUAAUUGGUUGUGGCUUAUAAAAUUCUA